AUGAGGGCAUCCACGGUCCUGCAGAGCAGGCUGGUUGUCGCGGUCAAAGUGCUCCUCCGCGAGAUCGCGGGCCUCUUUGACGGCUAUGAGUCGGAACUGCCUUCCGAGGUGCGCAGAGACCGGCACCUCAACAUCAACGCGCUCUUCCGCGCCCUCAACAUCUGGCUCCGAGACAACAUCCUUGUGCAGUUCCUAGCCCACCAUGACGACUGCAGGCAGAGAAUCGCAUGGAUCUUUGGCUGCCGGUAUCAGUAUCUCAACUACUCGGACCGAGGCGACGGCAGCGGCAGCUUGUCGCCCACACAGCAGCUUCGUGUCUUGGCCCGCAGCAAGGGGCGCGCAACGGGAGAUGGGGACGCGCCUACCACGACGUGGGUGCCCGACCUCGACGUGGCCCAGGUUGCGGCCCUCUCCGAGCAAGAGCUGGAGAUGACGCGCGCGGCCAUCCGGGCCUUUGACGCCUUCGAGCUGGCGAGCUUCGACGAGGUCCUGGAGCGCGAAGAUGUCACGGACCCGCUGACGAUCGCGGAGCUCAACGCCAUCGGGGAGCUGCUCAUCCUCGAGGACAUGGGGUUGGAUGAGGCGGGGAAGGAGCAGGCGUGGACGGAGCUGAGACUCCAGCUCGAGCCUGCUGACCCGGAGUUCGUGGAUGAGGGCCUAGAAGAAGAAGACGAGGACAUGCCGGAUGUUGUACAAGAGGAACCGGACGUCCCCAUGGACGACAGUGGUUCAUACCCCUUGCCGGAGGCAGAGGUGGGAUCAGAGAAGGACGUGGCGGAGCUGGUCGAGUCUGUUGAGCAGGAGAGCUCUCCGUUGCCGCCCGCCCCUGAGCCGGCCCCGGAGGUACUGCCAUCCCAACAACACCAGGCCCCCGAACAACCUUCUCCUCCACCUCCUCCGACUUCGCCUCCUCCCACUCAAGUGCCACGGGACGUGUUGACGCCCCCGGACUCGGUAUCGCCUCAAAAGCCUCCCCCUCCCACGAAACAAGCCGUCGACGAGGAGCCCGUCCUUGAACCUCAACAACCCCUCGUAUGGUCCAUCGCCAAACCUGAGUCGCCGCCUCCGCCUCCGCCGUCUGAACCACCGGAGCCCGAGCCCGAGCCUGGAGAACCUCUUGUGCCCUCCGCUGUCGAACCGGAACUGUCGCACGAGCCUCCGGUAUGCGAAGCGUCUGUCCCUGAGUCCAAUCUUCAAGACGUUCUCCUGUGGUCCAUGGGUAAACAGGAGUCCGCGCGUGCCCCUGAGCCCGAACAACCAGCACCACGUCAGCCUUCCCCUGAACCGAGACCAGCUCCCACACCGGCGGCCCCGCAGCCGAAGCCUCUUCGGCGUCCGACCCUUCAGACGGUCCGCGCACCGCGCCCGGCCCCGAACCCGGCUCUGCCGUCCGCCGCCCCGGAUCCAGCCCGAGCCCAAGUCCAAAACGCCGAGGCUCAGACCGUGCUCCAGCUCCAGAGCGCCAAAAACUUCCUCCGCGAGCGCACCACGCUCCGUUCUCCGGAAUGGCGCGCCCGCUUCGCCCAAGUCAUCGACAUGACGUCCCGCCUCGAGCGUGUCCGCAACGGCGACGAGUCGUGGGGCCGCGCCCUCGAGCAGGUGCUCGUCAUGAUACGCACGCACCACGCCUACAUGCAGUACCACGACAACCGCAAGCAAAUCAUCGCGCAUACGGCGGACGCGGCCGCGGCGCCGCCGAAACAGCAAGACACGGAUAAGCCUAGCAAGCUGCCCGUGCUGAACCUGAGUCUCCACGACGCCGGCGAGACGAGCAAGAGGGCCGGGAGGUGGACCUACAAGGACGCCAAACGCGACAGCGACUCUGCGUCUGUCAGCGACACCAUCGAGGAGCUGUACCGCCAGGGACAUCACCGCGACGCCCGCUCGUUCUGGUCCAAGAGCCAAACUAUCGACAAGUCCAAGUCCGGCUUGUGGGGAGGCUCGUCCAAGGGCAAGAGGCUCAACGUCGUGCAGUUCGAGAGCAAGUACUUUGAAGAGUGCAUGAGGAAGGGCCCGGCUCACACGGCAAAGGUGCUGCGAAAGGCUCAGGACCGCAGCACGAAGUUGCCCUCGGACGCCAAGGAGCUCAGCGACGACCAGUUCGAGAGCUUGGCCCGUCUCAAGGGGUACCAGCGCGCGGCGCUGCAGCAGAGCCUCAACUUGUUUGACUCGUAUGAGAAUCGCGUCGUCGGGGCGAACCACUGGCAGACGCUGCUGCCUGACGUUGCGAAGUCUCGCAAGGACGAGCUGGCUGCCGGUCGCAAGUAUCCCGUGAAGCCGUCGCGCCUGGACACGUCGCGCACGAAAGCCCCUGCCGCCGCGGACAAGGGCCCAAAUCAGGAUCAGGAUGGAGGCCUAGACCAAGCCGCAGACUGGUCCAAGGCGGAUGAGAUGAUGCUGGAGCUGGGCAAGUUGUGGAACGCGCUCGUCAAGUACCGCACCCUCUAUGACAUCCUCCUCCAGGCAGCAAGACGAGCACCACGGCCACUGAUAACGAGCGUCAUCAAGGACGUACGAGCCGGCGUGGUAGGAUCAAAGCCCGGCAACGCGAACGUCUCGACAGGAAGCCUACCUGCUCUCCGGCCCCUCGAGGCACGCUGGCUCGAGUUCCUCUGCCUGCCCUCCGCCACCGACACGCGGGCGUCCAAGAAGCGCCAGGGCGAGCGCGAGAAGCUCUUCGUGGACAGCGUCCAGGCCAUGCUCGACGACCCCAGCGCGUCGUCCUUUUUCUGCGACAUGGCCCCCAAGAUGGCCGGCCCGUUCCUCGAGGCGCUGAACUGCGCGCCGACGCUUCGGCAGAAGCCGUUUACAGUGAAGGAGCUGGCGGAGUUUGUUCCGAAGCUGGACAAGAUGAAUAUCAUACGCACGUAUGUCAAGGACAAGAAGACGCCCAUGCUCGGCCGGCCAGAGCACACGGUCCAUCCCGAGCAACGCAUCCGCUGGGAUGACUCCGGCAACGCGGCCAAGGCCGACGCGGAAGGCGCCAACGCCGAGGAACUCGAGGCGCUCAUCAAACUGUGGGACAGCACCAAGAUCUUCGAUACAGGCGUGGACGAUGCCGCCCCCGCCAAGGGCGGCGGCGAUGCGUCGUACGUCAAGGAGCUGCCGACCCGCAGCAACCUCCGCUCGCUCGCCUCCUGCACCAAGAAGCCACGCGAGGUCAAGGCCGACCAGGCGCGGACCGAGAAGCUCUUCUCGCAGCUCGCCUACCGCCUGGGCAGCUCGCUGCGCGCCGUGCAGGACGCGCACGCGACGAAGCGGUUCGCGUUGCAGGAACUGCUCGGAGUCAAGGCCGGUGGUAGCCAGUCGAGCCAUCCGGAGGAGUCCGGCGUGUCGUACGCGGAGAGGGCGAUGCAGCGGCGCAAGUUCCAGCCCGGGCCGGCCGAGUUCUGGCUCGGCGACACGCCGCUGCAGAGGAAGCGCAUCGAGCAGCGGCUUCAAGCUCAGCUGGACCCUGACUUUGCGAAUCGCGGAAGGAAGCGGUCGUGGGGCGCGAGGCUGCGCGGCAUGUUUGGACGAGGGAAGCAGGGUGACGGUGACGAUGAAGAGGAAGCAAGGGCGCGGUUCCCCCCGAGCCCGACUUCCAGCUGCAUGUCUGAUACCGAGAGCCCGCCGAAGCGGCGUCGUGUCGAGGGCAGCGAGGGGAUGCAUGAACAGCUGCCCACACAGGGAAUCAGGAGACAAGGAUCUCGGGCCAAGGACAAGGGCAAGGGCAAGGGCAAGGCGGUGUCGUUUGCUCGAGAGCCCACUUUCCUCGACCGCCACCGCGGCGACAGCGACCUCUCCCAGUCCGAGACUGAAGGUCAGGCCCGACGAGACGGAGCCGCCAGGAAGAGGAAAGACCCGCCGUCACCUCGGCCCACGCGGCCGGCGAAACGGGGCUGGUUCGGUGGGGGAAAGACGGUGCGGUCGGAGAAGCUGAACUUGCAUGUUAUGCCGCCGGACGACGGGGAGAGUUUCUGGUGA